UUCGUCACAGCUACGCUCAUCUGAGGUCAGAGAGGAGCCUGAUACGACGGGGGCGAGAGAACAGUGCAACUAUAUAAUCUACCAGUGUCGAAUGAGGAAGUCAGUGUAGUGAAAAAGAUAAAACAUACAAAGAUGGUGAAGAUAACUUUCCAGCCGAUCACGGCGCAGAAACCAGAGAAGGAGCUCGAUGGAGACAAAGCCGAGAUUCUCAUGCCCUAUGAACACGAGGAGCUGGUUCUUCCCCGGAGGCCAAAGCAGUCUCAUCUGAACGGGCUGUGUUGUCUCACCUUUGGCCUGGUGGUCUUCAUGUCAGGACUGGUGCUGGCCUCCAUAUACGUCUACCGGUACUACUUCAUACAACAGAUUCCUGAGGACAGCCUGUUCCACUGCAGGGUUCUGUAUGAGGACUCUGUGUACGCCCCCCUGCACGGCAGACAGGAGCUGGAGGAGAACGUGGGCAUCUACCUGGACGACAACUACGAGCAGAUCAGCGUGCCCGUGCCCCACUUCGGAGGGAGCGACCCCGCAGACAUCAUCCAUGACUUCCAGAGGGGUCUGACUGUGUACCAUGACAUUUCCCUGGACAAGUGUUACGUGAUUGAGCUCAACACCACCCUGGUCAUGCCACCAAGGAACCUCUGGGAGCUGCUGGUCAACGUCAAGAAGGGGACUUAUCUGCCCCAGACCUACAUUAUCCAGGAGGAGAUGGUGGUGACGGGGAGGGUGAGGAACAUGAGACCGCUGGGGCCCUUCAUCCACCGGCUCUGCUACGGCAAAGACACCUACCGCCUCAAACGCCGACGCGACGCACGUCGACGCAUCAACAAGCGUGAGGCGAGGAACUGCCACAGCAUCCGUCACUUUGAGAACACCUUUGUCGUUGAGACAGUGAUCUGCGACAGGGUCUAAAUACUGAGAAAGAAGAUGGCAAGAUGGCCACCCUACACCACCAAGCCCACUCUGAAACCAUACCUCGCGCAUCCCUUAGGCUUUAUAUUGCACUUUAAAAAGCAUGUGUUUGUCCAAUAGUUUAUUUGAAUGUUUUUUUUAUUCCUUUUUUGUCCCAAGUUGAAUUGUUGUUUACUGCUCUGGUGUUGUUUCUAUUAUUUGUUUGUUUUUUGUAUUCCAAUGAUCUGUAUAUUUCGAUAAUGUCGGUAAUGCGAUGAAUAUGUAGCUUUUUUGUUUGGGAUUUCAUGUCAUGUUGUUGCACUGAUGUUUUUUAUUUGUAUCGAUUUGAAGUCGACGCAUAAUCAGAUGAGUUGUCUUACGUUUUUACUUCAAUCGAUUCAGAUUGAGUUAGUCCUUUCUGUAUAGUACUUCUAACCAUGUGCAGUGUGUGUGACAGUGAGGAGAAUUGGGCGUUACGAUGCUGCGUGUGUUGUGCACACACACAUGUUUCUAUUUGUCUCUUGGUUCAACCAAAUGAACCCAUGAUGAUGUCUUGUUUUGGAUGUCCAGAAAUACCGAAACAUACCUCAUAUAUUUUAGAUGGGUUUUUUUUCGCCUGCAAUUUAAAUCAUCAAUUGUUUUGUGUAUGUAUUCUGCAUCGUUCCUAUAAGCAAUAUAUACUGUAUAUGGAUUUUUCUUGGAUUUCAUAUUCACAUGUGCAUAGAUUUUUAUCUGAGCUUCUUUUGUGAUUGAAUGAUAAUUUCUCUAUGGUUUGUCCCUCUUGUGGUAUCUUCCAGUGGUUGACUCUCUGGGUCUCACAUGGCUUUAGACUGUAUAAAGUAGCAGUGCUUUGGACGGGCCAACGUAACCAAAUUUAUAGUCACUAACGCUAUGUUGAGUCCUGAGUGUGUUACUUAGGCAUAUAUAGAUUACCUACAGAUGUAGCCUCUUAAUUUUAUCAAGAACAUUCCUGAAAUGUAAAACUUGUGUAUUUUGAGGUUUAAAAAAGGCUUCUGAAGUUUGAAAUGUCAGACUUGAUUUCCCCUUACAGAAAAUGUAUCAACACCUACAAAAACAUAUAAUUUACAUUUCCUGUUGCUGCAGGAUUAUUUUCUUUCUGUAGCAAACUGGCUCAAAUUAAAAUCCUACAUCUGUACAUUUGGAUAGGUUUUAGAGUUGAACUCUUUCUUUCGGUGUGUCUUUCUGGCUACGUCCUGAUUCUGAGAGGGAGUGUGCAAGUGCACACUUCAGGAGAAGGGUGGAGAAUUAGAUGCAGCCGCCCUCUUUCUCCUGUCUUAGUAGUGGGCUUGGCCUCUUGUCUGCAGUUGAGUCCUUGUAGCCGGUCUCCAUUCCCACUAUCCAGACUAUCUCUCUAUUGCAUGCCUCUCUCUCUCUUAACCUUUUUUUUUUACAAUCGAUCUACUGUAUGAUAUAGAGAAAUUCUGUUGCUGUUUUAAAGGGGAUCUACUGUAUGAUAUAGAGAAAUUCUGUUGCUGUUUUAAAGGGGAUCUACUGUAUGAUAUAGAGAAAUUCUGUUGCUGUUUUAAAGGGGACCUACUGUAUGAUAUAGGCUUUCAUGAUCUGUCCCCUUCUGACUCGCCAUGCUGUACAGUCAUUUAGUUUGUAAUAGCUUCUCUUACUACCUAAUAAAUAAACAUGUAAAACAUC